AUGAUCGAUUGGGAAUGGGAGCAGCUCAAUCCAUGGAUCGCAUCUCGAUUCCACUGGCAGUAUGGUAGAUCGCCAUUCUCGGACCUUUGGGUUGUGUACUUGGGCUGGAUCAUCUACUUCACAGGCAUCAUUGGUAUUCGAUGGAUGAUGGCACAACGCCAACGCUUUGAUCGAUGGAUACAUGUAUGGGCUGCCAUAUACAAUGCAAUCAUGGCUGUGCUUGUCGGCUGGAUAUGUGUCACAGGCGUACAAACGUUACAUGUGGCAGUCAAGGAACGUGGAUGGGCAUUAUCAACAGCAGACUGCCAACGACAUGAUGGACCAGAAAACGAGCGAAUGUUUUACAGCAUGUACAUGUAUUAUCUUUUACGCUAUAUCACCUUUAUGGAUACGGUCAUUUUAGCACUGCGAAAGAAAACAAUCCCAUUUUUCCAUUGGUAUCAAAACAUGGCUGUGAUCCUGCUGCUCUGGUCGUGGUUACAAGACAAAUGCCUUUUCGGAAGCACGGCUACAAACAUCAUUUGCUUCAUACAAUGGAUUCGACAUGUCUACUUUUUCUGCCGAUCAAUUGGUGUGCGAGCAUCGGUGCUAAAGGCAAUCGUUUUAUUAUUGGAACGUGCUCGAUUCUGUGCAGGAGUGAUUAUGACGGCCUAUCAAAUGUCAACAUGUCCUCAAUCAGGCGGGCUGCUAUUGACGUCGAGUAUCAAUGUCACGAUGGUCUACAUUGCGGCGACUUUUUACAAUAGCGACGAGCGCGUAGCAACAACCAGAGAUAUACGAAGGAAGCGUAGCCGUCGCAGCAUGAUGAGUGAUUCAACAAGCAGCAAUAGUCGAAUCAACAACAACAGCAACAACAACAGCGGUAGUAAAAGGAAACGAUGCAGCACCAAACGAUCCCUUCGAUAG